AUGAAGGCCUCCAUCCCGCCCCAACGUAUGCGCAACUCUUUCUCCUCAGAUCAGACGCCGACGUUCGCCGCGGCUUUCUUGGUCGAAGAUGCAGCGCAGCGGUGGAGCAAGCCCGUUGCUUUCUCUGGCCACUGCGAGAUGGUCGUAGACACCGCGUCCGAUUCGUUCGUAAUGCAGCACAAAGGCUACGGCUGGCGCAUCGUUUUCCCCAUGGAGUCGAAGAUCAAGCGGCUUGUUCCAUGCCAAUCGUGCCGCCUCAACCGGACCACCACCAACGGCAGACUCUGUGAUGACAGCCUUCCCUGCCGCGUCUGUCAGCAACAAGGCUCUUCCUGCACUGCGCGCGAUGUGCUCCUUACCGGCACGCAGGCUAUUGACGGAGAUGCAGAGAUGGAAGCGGCUGCGGAAGAGGCCAGCCUGAUCGAACCCUACUGCGACACUUUCGCCUUCUUCGCCUGGUCCUUAGGCACCGACGAGCCCAACACGUACGAAGGCUACUUCCCAAUGCCUACUAUGCCUGAGACGCCCGUCCGUGGACAGGACAUGUUGCCGUCGCGUAUGCUUCCAUCAACUCCCACUGCCGCUCCUCUAACUCCGCGCAACAUGCGUCCAGUCACAGAUUCCGAACUGCGCCGAUCGAACCGCAUUCAAGGACAGAAAGAUAGAGUUGAUGACACGCCGGUGCCUCGACGCCGCCGCCAGCCGCUCAGGGCGGCCCAGUGCCUGGAACGCAUGCGCCAGCUGACGGCAGUCGGCCAUUUCAACUUGGUUCCUGCAAGUGCCUACAGCCUCGAGCAACAGCACCCGCCGUCCACCGUCGACCUCGGCGGCCUCGAGCUCACCAUGGCCGAGAUAUCCGUGUUCCUGCUGAACCUGGCGCACCGACCGGAAGGCGCAAUGCGGCUGGUCAACAGCGGAUGGCAGCCGCACCAUUUCUGCUCCUACCACAACCACACCCGCGGCCUCAAGGGCGAGACGCGCGCCCGCGGCGAGCACGGCGAGGGCGCCAUGCGCUCCACCAUCACCAAGAGCAUCCAGAAGACGAUGCGCCUCAUCGCCGACGACAAUCACUGGACGCAGUCCCACCACGUCGACGUCGUCGACGCCCUGCAUCCCGAUCGCCCGAGCACCGCCGACUGGGCCCCCCUCGUCGACGACCCGCCCGACCACUCGCUGCGCAGCAUGGGCUCGCGCAUCGUCCGCUGGCCGCCCGAGAGCCACUCGCUCAACCUCACCCGCGCCGUGAGGUUCGCCGUCGAGCACCCGCACGUCCCGGACCACCAGCUCCGCUUCCCCACCCACGUUCGCGCCGUCGUCGAGCGCCUGCCCGGCGGCUUCCGCUCCAUGGCCGCCGAAGCGUCUGCCGGCGUCACUGGCAACCUUGAUCGGUCCACACUGAAGGAAUGGGAGGCCUUUCAGGAGGCGCAAGGCCUGUAA